UUUUUUCAUCAUUCUUAACGGACAGUAUCUUAUUUCUGAGUAAAAGCAUUGAUGCUUGCCUUUGUUUUGUUUUAAAAAGGGGGGAGGUAACCUUAGCAACAUUCACUCCCUUGAAACAUGAUCUCAAGCCUCAAUAUGCAUCUUUUGUCUCACAUGCAAUUCUGCUUCACAGGCAGAUUUGAGGUUUCUGGAUGUCUAAAGAGAAAAAGUGCUUCUGCAGAGGAGCAGCUAUGUUUUUACAUCUACACGAGGUGAAUAUCAUACGUCAUUAGGAGGUAAAUAUAGAAGCAUGUUUGGAGAAUUUAAUCUGAUUGACUGUGUUUUGCUCCUUUAUUCAACUCCUGCCUGCGGAACGACAUGCAAUUGAAAAUGAAAGUAAUACGAUGCACAUGUUGUGGAAGAAUAGCUGUUGAACUUCCUUGUUUUGUUCCUUCUUCUUCUGUAAAUAAAGAAAUCCAGGAAAUACUCGGGUAAUCUGCAUGUUUUAAAACAUGUUUCAUCUGCUUCAGUAUACAUUUUCAACAGAUGCGAUGGCCAGUUGAAAAAGAGAGCAGGAGAUUCAAAAGCUGCAUGCUUGUAGUGAGUAACUGUCUGCACAGAGAAUAAUUACACAGUAAAAAACAAGUACAGUGCUGAGCAUCCUCUUUGCUGUUUGGAGAACUAAUAAAUGAUCAAAUGGAAGCUAGUGCUGCAUGGAAAUGAUGGAAUAAUUGUGCAGGGAUCAGAGAGAAACCAUGAGGCUACAAUUUUUUGGAUUGGCCUUUUGCUGAUUUGAAGACAUUGGGAUGUUGAAAUUACCCAUAAAAUGAUUGAAAAGACUCCUUAUAAAAAGAAAGGACAUCCUGCACAAGGAGUUAGGCUGCCCUGCCAGAAGUAAUACAAAUGCAAAUUUCUUGGGUGCUAUUCAGACAUGCAUCUACAGAAAGGAUGCAGAAGUCUGAUACAGUUUCAGAAGAGGUGUUGAACUGAGGAAAUAAGGCCUGCAACUCUAUGGCAUGAGAAAUAAGUUUGUAGCAGUUACAGCUGUACUGUUUGAAAUGUGAGAAAGACUAUCAUUCAGUACUGUUUUUAAAGCUGGGCAGAUGUAAAUAAAACAAAUGACCACUGUUCCAUUCUCACGUACUGUAGGUGCUUGCCUCUAUGUUGUCAGCAAAACUGCCACACAAAACUCCGGUAUUAUGUCUGCUGCAGUAAUGUUUUCAGAGCAAGAAACAUUCAUCAUAUUUAUGCUUCUCGAUUUGUAAGGACCAUGACCAUUUAGGUACGAUCUAACUGAAUCACCAGAAAACAAAACAAAACAAUGGAUAUAUCGGAAUGUAUGACAAUGGAGGUGGUUUGAAAAAAAAAUGUUAAUUGUGGAGAGCUAUCUUGUUUGUCCAUGCUAUCUGGUGCAUCUCAUAAAACUGUAAAUGUCAUUUGAUGACAUUUUACUAUACACCUGGAGUCAACUCAGCCAUGACUUUUCUAAGGAAAGAAACUUUUCAAAUAACAUCUCUGUAGCGGUCGUGUGUUCUUUUCACUCAAACUUCCCAUGGCAAAAAGGUAACUAUUGAAACGCCAUCAUGAACAAGAGAGAGAAGUUGCUUGAUGUACUUGAAGAACUGAAAGAAAAGGAUAGGCAUAAGUUUAUCUUUCACCUAAAAUCCCUGAAGGAAAGGCCACCUUGCAGUCAGAUAGAACAUUUACAAGACAUCGGCUUGGCAGAGAUCCUUCUUGAGUUCUACGGUGAAAACAAAGCAUGGGAGGUGACAAAAGGAGUUCUUAGUAAAAUUCCAAGGAAUGAUCUUCUGCAGAAACAUUUCUCCAAUGAAGAGAGGAUGGAUACUUCUACACCUACUAAGAAACAUGACGUACAUGAAAGAUUUCAAGACAAAACAAAAUCAGAUGUAUGCAGAGAAAAUGCAAGAAAGCAAAAUUUAAAUAGUCAUGUCUUUGGCAAACAUUCAAAGAAUAAACAUAAGUCAAAGAGACCUCUUGUUACCGAAAGACAGCUUAUGAUUCUUGCAGGAAAUUUUGGAAAAGAAUGGAAAAAUAUUGGAAUCCAGUUCUUAGGAUUUGCAAACUAUGAAAUAGAACAAUUUGAUGAAGGGAACACGGAUUUCAAGAUGAAAGUUUUUUAUAUGUUGCUUCACUGGAAAAGGAGAGGAAAAGAAAAGGCAACUCCGCGCAAACUGUAUAAAAUUCUUUCUAAGCCAGAUGUACCUCUGUCCAUAGAUAAACUCAGUUGUCUACAGAAGGAAAAGAGGAAGUAGUUCUCUAUCUGCCAUGAACAAGAACUAGAACUACAGUGUCAAGCAGAAUUUGUUGCAUGGAUGCCACAUAUAUCUUCUCUACUUAUAAAACAUCAUUGUCUCUGCCUGUGUUUAUAUAGAAAUAUAGAUCACUACAGUACCUUGAUACCUGGCAAGUAAUGAAGUGUCCCCAUACUCACUAGUGAUGACAUUAGCAAAUGACACAAUAAUUUCAGUACAACUGAUUUUUUAGCAAAACAGUGCAUUAUAGUCACCAGUGUAUUUGGAAUUACCUCAUUCAUGUCAAGCUAUAUAAUAGUCAGUAGUAAAUCCAAAGGCACACCAUGGACUGGGAUAUGUAGAAAUCCUUUAAUAAUAAAACCAGGUUAGAACAGUAAGUGCUUUCGCAUUGCACAGAACGCUUCUUCAGACUUAAUGAAAUUUCAAAUCAAACUUAUCAUUUAAAUAGCUAUUAAUAAAAUAAACUGAACAAUGACAAAGCAUUUGAAAGUACAGGUGGAACAAAACCCUAUCAAAAUAAGAGGUUCCUAGUGGUGCUGAUAACCAGCACUUAUCACAAAUACCCCUGUACAUAUUCUAUGGUAUUAAUGCAUCAUUAUAAACAAUGUGUGUAUACAUGGCACAAAAGAAUAAAUAUAUAUAAAAAACUACAAUACAUAGAUAUCUAAAACCAUUAAAGUUAUUAUAAAAACUUCAUAUGUACAUGGGUGUAUAUACUCAAAGCAGACAACUUAUCACUUUCAUGUGUGUAUGCAACCUUAUACAGCUGAUAAAAACUGGCUGAAAAUAUAUACAUCUAAAAACAAACUAAAGAUGUGCACUACAUAACAUAAAAUAACAUUUGCUUCUACGGACAUGCUCCUAAUCAUGAAGAAUGUGUAUGAAUAUAUGUGUAUCUCCAUAUGGAACCAUGUUCUUUACAAAACGUUAUAUACACACAAGUAACACUUGAUAUAUACAAAAAUGUAUAAUAUAUAUAAAAAA